ACGGGCUGCGCCGCGGGCAGCCCCGGGGCAGCCGAUCGGGGCGGGGGGACGGAGCGGGACGGGAGAGCGGCGGGUCGCCCGCAGCGGAUCCGCGAGGAUGAGGGGCCGGAUCCCGGCCGUGCUCUGCCUGACCGUGGCCUUGGCAUCGCUGGUGCCCGCGGCCGGAGCCCGCCGGAGCCAGGACCUGCACUGCGGAGCGUGCCGGGCACUGGUGGAUGAGCUGGAGUGGGAGAUCUCCCAGGUGGACCCCAGGAAAACCAUCCAGAUGGGCUCGUUCCGCAUCAACCCCGACGGCAGCCAGUCGGUCGUGGAGGUGCCGUACGCGCGCUCGGAGGCGCAUCUGACGGAGCUGCUGGAGCGGGUGUGCGAGAAGAUGAAGGAGUACGGGGAGAAAACGGACCAGGCCACGCACAGGAAGAGCUACGUGCGGGUGAUCUCCCACGACGGCACCAAGAUGAACCUCUCUGGGGUCAAGUUCGACGGGGACGUGACUUCCAGCCUGAAGUUCGCGUGCGAGAGCAUCGCUGAGGAAUACGAGGAUGAGCUCAUUGAGUUUCUCUCCCACGAGGCUGAAAAUGUCAAGGACCGGCUCUGCAGCAAGAGGACGGACCUGUGUGACCACGCGCUCCACAUCCCACACGACGAGCUGUGACGCCCCAGCUGCCUCUGGACCACGCUGCCCGGUGGCCUCGCCGGGACCGGGACAGCACCGGGAUCCACCGGGAUGUCCCCGUGUGCCUCAUCCCCACCAGGACGGACGGACCUGCCAGGGAAACCCACGGCGCUGGAGCCGGUGCUGCCUCACCCCGUCCGGAGCUCCCGUCCUGUUUGUUCCCCGGGGUGGCCGUGGGGUGAGGCCGUGUCCUCACUGCCGCCAGGACAUUUUCAGGGACAUUCCUGCCUCGCUGCCGGGGGGCGCGGGGGAGACACCGGGGCUCGGCCCCCCUUGGGGCGGGGGGCUUGGGGACCCCCGUCCCUGCUGCAGGCAAUAAAGGGGCCGUGGGCCCGCCCGAG